CGGUGGGGAUGACUGGCGUUACCGCGAGCAGCUGCGCGAAGCGCGAGCGCCGCAGAGAGAGACGUGAGGAGGAACGGGACCAUCGCGCGCGCCAGAAUGAGCUGCAGCGCGUUGCCCGUGAGCGCCGCGACAGCCUGAAAGCGCAGCUUGGCUCUCUGGACGAUGAAGCCACGCGCCUUUUGGUGACCAAAUGGCUGCUGCGAUUCAUCGAUCGGUCCGCAGCCAUCCCAGGCAUCACGAGCCAAGACAAGUUCAUGGUUCUGGGUGAGUGCCUUAAGGGCAAGCAUGUGGUUGCCUACGACCAGUAUGUGAGGAGUGCUGAGAAUAUUCCUCAGGAGGGCGACCCUGUGGAUGAGGCUGAGGCCUGGUACGAGAGUGCUGUCCGCAACAUCCUCAAGGAUGUCCGUGGCCGCAGCGGUGUCAACGAGACAUACGCGCGCCACGUUCGCACUGAGCGACUCGGCUGUCCCACCUAUAUGAGAGACAAGGUUGACCUGCGCGAGAAGCUGGCGGCAUUUGAUGACGACCUCGAGGUCGCUCAGAUGCAUGGCGGCGAGUUGGGUGAGACAGAGAAGGUGGACAAGUUGCUGAACCUCUUCCCUGAGGAGGCCAAGCAGUUUGUCACUCAGACUCUACUCCAGCGCUACCGGCAGGGGCAGACCGUGGCUGAGAUGAUGGGCUUGGAGCCCGAACAUGUCGCCAUGGAGAGGUUCUACACUCUAGCUGCUGCCAAGAAGUGCCUGGGGGAUUUGGAGUACUCACUCAAUGUGGUGCCUGAGGAGGAGGACCCCAAGGCUGCCCGCAAGGGCGCCACCAUUACCACUGAUGACCUAGCCGACGGUUUGGCGAAGAAGCUGUCGGUGCAGCUGCUGGACACCGCCAGAAUCUCGUCUGUGCGCGCUGACGAACAGCAGCCAGGGACGAGAGGGCGGCCCCGGGCGCCUCGAUCCCUCGAUGAGGCGUUCGAGCGGCAGCGCAAGGGAGACGCCGACACCGGCAAGAAGAAGCGAGAGAAGAAAGGUCGUGAUGGCUCAGAUGAGGGAGACAGCGCCGAGGAGCUCAAGGAGCGACUGGCUCGUCUCGAGGAGGCGCUAACAAAGUUGGCGGCCACGCUAGCGCAGGCUGUCUCCUCUCGCUCAGACUGUCGGCCCGCCCGCCAUGCAGUGACUGAGGAUGAGAGAGCCAGCCAAGCGGCUGAGCCAGAGCUGUGGGAGGAGGGAGUCGGCGUAAUGAUCUCGUCCAUGACGGCAGAGGGUGUCCCGCCAGCCAAAGCUGCGCAACUCGCGCUGAGGUUCAAUGGUGGCUACAACCGCUCUCAUGGUGGCCAGCAGGGCCGCAGAGAUGCGGAUGGCAAGAUAUUCUGCUAUGGCUGCCAGCAGUGGACUGACCACAUCAGAGCCAACUGCCCCAACCCCAUAAUGACUAAGUCUGGUGUGCGCAUGGAGCGCCGAUGCAUCAACUGUGGGAAGGAGAGUGUGUGGUUUGCCCAGUGUGACUCUGAGUUUUGCAAGGCCUGCAAGGCCGGUAAGAUCCCUCUGCGUUUUGGAGGCGCUGCUGGUCCGACCACGACCACACCACCAUCCCACGAUACAGCUGCUCCAAGCGCGGCCGCCCCACCCAAGCCUGCCUCGCAGGGAAACUGCUGAGGCCAGAUGGAG